CGGGCGCGGGCGUGGGGCGGGCCGGGAGCGGGCGGCGCGGCUCCGGGGCCGGGCGGCGGCGGCGGCAUGGCGGAGAGCGAGGCCGAGACCCCCAGCACCCCGGGCGAGUUCGAGAGCAAGUACUUCGAGUUCCACGGCGUGCGGCUGCCGCCCUUCUGCCGCGGGAAGAUGGAGGAGAUCGCCAACUUCCCGGUGCGGCCCAGCGACGUGUGGAUUGUCACCUACCCCAAGUCCGGCACGAGCCUGCUGCAGGAGGUGGUCUACUUGGUGAGCCAGGGGGCCGACCCCGAUGAGAUCGGCCUGAUGAACAUUGACGAGCAGCUCCCGGUCCUGGAGUACCCGCAGCCGGGCCUGGACAUCAUCAAGGAGCUGACAUCUCCCCGUCUCAUCAAAAGCCACCUCCCUUACCGCUUCCUGCCCUCCGAUCUCCACAACGGCGAGUCUAAGGUCAUAUACAUGGCGCGGAACCCCAAGGACCUGGUGGUGUCCUACUACCAGUUCCACCGCUCCCUGCGGACCAUGAGCUACCGGGGCACUUUCCAGGAGUUCUGCCGGAGAUUCAUGAACGACAAGUUAGGCUAUGGCUCCUGGUUCGAGCACGUGCAGGAGUUCUGGGAGCACCGCAUGGACUCGAAUGUGCUUUUCCUCAAGUAUGAAGACAUGCACCGGGACCUGGUGACGAUGGUGGAGCAGCUGGCCAGAUUCCUCGGGGUGUCCUGUGACAAGGCGCAGCUGGAGGCCCUGAGCGAGCACUGCCACCAGCUGGUGGACCAGUGCUGCAACGCCGAGGCCCUGCCUGUGGGCCGGGGAAGAGUCGGGCUCUGGAAGGACAUCUUCACCGUCUCCAUGAACGAGAAGUUUGACUUGGUGUAUAAACAGAAGAUGGGGAAGUGUGGCCUCGCGUUUGACUUCUGUUUGUAAUAACAGCGACAGCAGACUUGCAUGCCCACAGUACCCAGACCCUCCACUAGCUAAAAGUCCCGUACGCACUCAUUUGUUCCUUGCUGGACGAACUCCGGGAGCGGUGUGAGGCCCGGGGGAGGGAGGGAAGCAGCGGAGACGCUGGAGGAAGAGGGGGCCUUGCUUCUGACCAGAGCAGCUGUCUCGCCUUGGGGAUGUGAAGGCUCUGUCUGAUUACACACAUUAUAAAGAUUGCAGUUUCGGUGGCCUGUAUCAUAAGUAUAAAGUCUGUAACAUAUGCAGCUAGAAUGUCUACCUUUUACAACCCCACAUUAUUUAUUGUAUUUUAUAGAGCUUUUCACUGGAAAUUUAAAUAAAUGUCAGUAAACCAAAUACAAGUUCAUUUCCAAGGGGACUCAGGAGCGAGCCACACCCGGAUGGUAGAAAGAUCUCAGGGCUGACUCUUUAUUUUUGUAGUUUUGUUCUGUAAGGCACAGACGUUCUGUUCUCACCUGGCUCGGGAGGAAGGUGAAGACACAGGAUGAGUUGGGUGUGGGGGUGGGGAGGGACUUGAUUCGUUUUGAUGAGUUCAGUUCUUUGUAACCUUCCUAAACAAAGCAGAGACUGUCCGGUAGGCACUUGCAGAAAGGUUGUCCCUCUCUGCUGGAGACUCCCAGCGGGUGGCCUCAGAGGCCCAAUCCACGAGAACUGUUGGAACAUUCCUUGAGGGAACCUGCCCAGGGAGGCUGGCAGAUGGGGUCUAACGCAUGACUUGAGAACCUGCCCCAGAGCCUGAGCGUGGGCAGAGCCCGAGUUCCCGUCCCACUAACUCUUGUUCCCUGCUCCAGGGUCCUGUUUACGCGGGUGAGCAGGUGCUUGACAGCAGACUCCCCCAACUUUUAUCAUUUGGUUCGUUCCGUCUGUACCUGAGGCUCUCGGCCAUGGGAGAACCACUUUGCAGGUUUAACGCCCUCUUUCACUCAGACUGGUUGGCCAUCUUGCCUUUGUACCUCAGUUUACUUGCGGGAGCAGAGGUGGUGUCUUCACCGCCCCACCACUUGCUUCCCCAUCUGACCCACAUUUGGCGGGAGAAGCAUUGAGACUCGGCCAGGUAGCAGCAGCGCCGGCGGCCAGGCUGUCUGUGUGUCACUGCUGCGGUGGGACUGGGGUCGGCUGGAUACACACCUGGCCAGGAAGUGCCCAAGGUAGGGGCUGGAGGGUCGCUGCUGUGUGAGGGUCUCUGGGCCGUUGUCGCUGUCUCGGAAAUGGAGCAGACACGUGCCUGUGUCUUGUUUGUGAAGGAGCAGCUUGAACAGGGCAGGUGGUAUGCGGCAUAGUGUGUGGUGGGCUUGGAGGCACCUUUUCUGUGUAUCUGUGAGGGAGGCUGCUUUCUGUGAAAUUUCUUUUCUAUUUUUCUAUUUUCAGUACUGUAUGGAUAUUACUGAGCACCACACAUGGUAACGUCUGUGCUUGCUUGCAUCUUUAAUAAAGACACAACCCAUGC